AUGGACAACCCUACUCAAUCGGCGCAAGGCCCUUCUACGUCCAGCCUCGAGCAUAUCAGCAAUGCGCUGAAUGCAACUCUCGAUCCGCGUGUGCCAAAUGACGUUCGACAACAAGCCCUGCAGCACCUGGAGGCUGUCAAAUCACAAGCGGAUGCACCACUCAAUGGCUUCGCGUUAGCCAGCGACACCGCUCAGAAUGACGCCGUACGGUAUUACGGUCUCCAACUACUCGACUUCGGUGUCAAGUACAAAUGGCUAGACUACAGUGAGGAACAAACGACUCAACUUCGCACUUGGGUUCAGACUCUCGCCGCAAACCUACGAGCCAAUGAGGCACAAUUUCUUCGCAACAAGAUUGGUCAAUUAUGGGUCGAGGUCGCGAAAAGAUGCUGGGCCGGAGACUGGAUCGAUAUGGACGAACAACUGGUCAUGCUCUGGGAGGAUACCUCGAACGAGAAGAGCUUCGUGAACAAGCUGCUGGUUUUGUACAUCCUAGAGAUGUUAAGCGAAGAUAUCAUGAACAGCGAAGACACAGUGGCUGGCUUGCGUUUGGACAUUUUGGGCCCGGCGCUGAAUGAGAUCGUCAUCACAGCAGACGUCUAUGCGACCCAUCUGACAAGUCGUGGCACAAGCAAAGAAGUUAGAUCUGGGCGACAGGGUUGGCUUGGCAGAAUCUGCGAGCUCUUCUCAAUCUCCGUCAAACAAUCUCGGAUGGGGAGUGACUCGCGAACAGUCGAACUCAUGGAGCUAUGUGCUGUCAAGUCUCUCAACGCCGUUAAGUCGAUUAUGUGCUGGAUCACAUUUCAAGCCGUCGAGGAGGCGAAUCUGGUAGACUGCUUGUUUUUGCCCUUUCAUACCGACAAUGUGGCUUUGCAUACCGCCGCCGUUGAAGUUCUACUUGCCCUAGCGCAUCGACAAUCAACAUUACAACAGACCUGGAUGGGCUUGAUACGACAAAUGUUGAGGGCAGACAGGCAGCCGGCUCUUCGGUCCACCUUUGAGCAAGCCUAUGCAGGGCCUGGCGAGGACGACGAGAAGCACACUCUUCAGAAGAAGAUGUCCGAGUUGGUCUCGACUCUUGCAGAUGCUGUAGCGCAGCAUAUCGCGAUUGUUGACCAAUCCGUUGACCUGCAAUCAUUCUACGGCCUCCUCCUGCUCAUAUCACAAAGCAAGAGCCUCACAGUAUCGAUACCGGCGGUUCACAGUUGGACCAAACAAUUGAUUGUGCAGGAGAAUGUGAUCAUAGAUCUAGUCCUGGCUGCUUUGCCCUCGCUCUUGCAAAUAUGUAGCGAACGCCUACUCCGCUACGAAGCGCUCCCUGAGGAUACCAUCGACGAGACGUUGCAAUUUUUGAAUGAAGAUUUCGACACGAUCCCAGAGCGACAUGCGUUUCUUGGCAAUUACCGUCGGUAUUGUAACAUUGUGAUCCAGUCCAUCACUCGCACCAAGCCAAUUGAUGCACUCUCUUAUGUUCUCGGCGAAACACAAUCAAUGCUUGUGAGCGGACCUUACACUACAGCACGCAAUUUCGAUGCUGCUACAUAUUCGAAAAACAAAUUAUCGGUCCUCAGAUUUGACGCUCAGUACAAUGUCGUGGUCAGCGCAUUGAAAGGAUAUGGCGCAUGGACGAUGGACGUAGCAGCUCUCACACCCGCCGACCCGAUUCAUGUCAAGGCAGACAAGGACAAGGAAGACGCAGCUCAAGCUCUACAGCAGUGGUGCACCGAUAUUACGCGCGUUGAAGUUGAUGAUCCAGGGGUCACUGAACAGGUCAUGUCCAUCAUCGUGCACAUUUUAAAAAUCCUCAAACCCGUGUCGUCUAGCUUCGCUUUGGACGUCGUGCACCAUCUUCUUGUCAUGCAGUUAAAAGUGGAAUCGCAACAUGCAGCCUACACAGAAGCGGUACUGUCGUUCGAGCAUGCACGUGCGAUAGAGCUCCAAAAGCUUGCGCUGUUGUUUCCCAACGAGUUGCUCAACGUGUACGGCGAUCUUGAGCCACGGGUGAACGAAAUGACCCAGAAAUAUCAAGACGAUGCAAGGUUAGUGUGGGGAUACAGAGCGUUCCUCUUCAUGAUCAUUCAUCGCGCAAACGACAUCAAUCAGGACGUCCGGAAUGAGCGCCUCGAGCAGAUGCUCAAGCCGGUGUAUGAUGCAUGGACAAGCCCAGAUCUGGCGACUUCGGUGAGUAGCUUCAAGAGCUUUAACGAAUUCUUGGGAUUACACGAUCUGCCACAAUUCUAUCAGGAGAAAGGCUUCGAUCGGAUUCAGGAUUGGUCUGCGCAGCAAUUAGAUGAAGCUGGCCGGGCCAAGCAGGAUCUCGUCAAGCAGAGAAGUGAUCGUCUUCCGCUGCGCAUGACUAAAUCAAUGCUUGCCGCUUCGUGCGAGAAAUUAAAGCCUGGGACGAACGAGCACGAAAGCGCAACGCAGCUCUGGAGCACGCUUAUUCCAUUCGUACUGCCUCCACUGCUGCCGAUGCUUCGACAAGCAUCAGCUUUCUCGAAUAUGAACAACUGGUCAGACCUUCCGCCGGGCCUUCAGGCGGUGAUUCAAAGGUCACUCCAGGAUCGAUUUUGGCAGUCGGGUAUCUCCAAUGAGAGUAAGGAAGAAUUCUACGCUCGAAUUUCUGGCUCGAAAACGUCCUUCGAAGGCUUUGCGAGCACCAUUCGUGGAACGAUGCGGAAUGUUCGCGAAAACGGCUAUCACAUUCUAUAUUUCAUGACAAAGUUUGAGGAGACAUUCUACGGGUUACCGAAUCUGGCAGAACCUUUAGCGGACGCCUUGUUCGACGAUGUGAUCAGUUUGGGAACGAACCAUCUUUCUGCCAUCAUCAACCUCGCGACGGGUCUCGUGCAGCGAUGCCCUGCGCAUCAUCGUGUCAACUUCCUUCCGGCUUUGCUGAAAAAGAUGUUUGUCGCGCUCGAUGCCAAGAUUGCCGCAGAGUGGGAUGCGGUCGCCCGGACGGCUGAACAGAACAAACUUCAGGACGAUGACCUGAGCGACGAAAUGCGGACUGAAAGCGUUCUGCGCCAGAUCACCUACAGUAUGGUCGCUUUCGUCUCAUUUUUAUUGGAGCACGAAAAGUCGCACAGCGCACCCGCGGAGAAUGGCAGUGUCAGCGUCGCCGACAAACCUUCUGUGACCAGCAUGGUUCUCUCCGAUCCGAGUAUCUUGGAACCGCUGAUCCUAUUUUGUACCCACGCGCUUCGCAUGCAGGACACACGAUGCUGCCAAAUGAUCUGCAAAAUCUUCCGCAGCAUCAUCCCUCAAUUCGCCUCGCCGAACCAUACAUCAAUCACCGAGGUCGUCGCCGCACAAGUCGGCGACUUCAUCUGCACGGAGGUCCUCAAAGCCUGCAUCUCCUCACUCAACGAGCCCUACUUCGUCGACAUGCAGAAAGAUCUCGCAAUGCUGAUCACGCAAAUCAUCGUCCUCUAUUCGCCCAGAUCGCAGCGCCCUCGCGAGGUCAUCGCCUCCCUGCCAUCGAUGGAUCCGAACGCAGUGGACUCGACGAUUCGCACGCUCCUCAGCUCAAGCGCGAAGAGCGAGCGGAAUCAACGCUCCAUGGUACUCCAGCUCCUAGAAAGAGUGCGCGGCGUCAGUAUCCAUGAAGCUGGCAAGAUCGACCGGAGGAAGGAGCUCGCGGCGGCUAAGAAGGGCCGGCGGAGUAGUGUGCCCCAACAGUAUAUGAAAGUCGAGCAAAAGGCUGGCAUCGACCAUGGAGACGAGGCCGGUCUGGAUGGUGUUGCGGGGCUUUUUGGCGAUUCAUGA